AGCUGUGCGACGACUGUGGAACUCUCCAGCAUCAGCCUAUCACAGGCAGAUAACUCCAUUGUCACUUUAGUUUCAUACACUCAUGUGUUGUCUCCUUUCUAGGCUAGGUGGCGCUGACGGUAAGGCCUGCUGUACCAGGUGCUGUGUCUCCUGUGUAGACUGUGCCCCUGUUGUCUGCUGCUGUCUAGAAAUUAGACUGGUUUCCAAGUACUCAACUGAUAAAUCAAGAUCUGUGUCUGAAUCUUCAGUAAACCAGUCAAGGGAAAUGCAGUCUAUGGAUUCCAAAGAUAUGGUUAAAGCCACAAGUCUUUCUUUUGGUGCAAAAGGUGCCAAAAGUAAAAAAGAAGCAAGUAAACAUGUGCUUUCAACAGUGGCUGUCGUGACUCACACAGGUUGUAAACCAACUCCGAAGAAAGUGCAAAAAACUAUUAAGCCAAACGGAGAUGUGAUAGAGACAAAUAACACAAAACUGAAAGAGACAACUCUGGAGUUAACUAGGAAACUUCCACCACCCCCUUUGCAUGUUAAAGUUUCUUUACCCAGCCAGCAAACAAGUGCCAAAGUAACUCAUAAGAGAAAACAGUCAGUGUCCAGUGAGCUGAGGGAAGUUCCGGUGAUUCAGAAUAGUAUUCCGCUUCACUUCCUUGGGAGAGGUCACAAUGACCCAGACCUUUUGCUGGGUUUGCCUCAGCACGAUGACCUCAUUUCGCUAUCUGUAAAUAGCAACGCAAGCAUGUCAAACAUUCGUGUACAUAUGUAUGAUCAAUUAGAACCCGGGACUAUCCUUGACGGCUCUGGGACUCAUCGAAGCUCUGUGAUGGAUUCUGUUUAUAGCAAUGUGCCUAGGACUCCAAGGUCACAAGGUCAAUCUCUGACCUUGACCUCUCCAAGGCCUCUGCCGGUUCCACAUGGUAGAUAGCAGACAUGUUAGAUAAAUGGAUGUGUUCCAAUAGUGCUACACAGUAUAAGGUGUUUUAAUUUAUAAAUUAUUUAAGGUAUGGAUAAUGCAAAAUGUUUUGCCAGAUUUGUUGAUGUGUUAAUAAUUAGUUAUGUUAGUGUUAGUGUUUUAGUUGUGUUAAUUGUUACAAAUUUGUCAUUUUUUAUUAUGCCCCCCUUCGAACGAGAGGGGGUAUAUUGCUUUGCUCAUGUCGGUCUGUCGGUCGGUCUGUCCGUCCAACUCAAGAACGCUUGGGCCUAGGAUCAUGAAACUUCAUAGGUACAUUGAUCAUGACUCGCAGAUGACUCCUAUUGAUUUUGAGGUCACUAGGUCAAAGGUCAAGGUCACGGUGACCUGAAAUAGUAAAAUGGUUUUUGAAUGAUAACUCAAGAACACAUAAGCCUAGGAUCAUGAAACUUCAUGGGUAGAUUGAUCAUGACUUGCCGAUGACCCCUAUUGAUUUUGAGGUCACUAGGUCACAGGUGAAGGUCACGGUGACCCGAAAUAGUAAAAUGGUUUCCGGAUGAUAACUCAAGAACACAUAUGCCUAGGAUCAUGAAACUUCAUGGGUAGAUUGAUCAUGACUUGAAGAUGACCCCUAUUGAUUUUGAGGUCACUAGGACAAAGGUCAAGGUCACAGUGACCCGAAAUAGUAAAAUGGUUUUCGGAUGAUAACUCAAGAACGCAUACGCCUAGGAUCAUGAAACUUCAUAGGUAGAUUGAUCAUGACUUGCAGAUGACCCCUAUUGAUUUUGAGGUCACAAGGUCAAAGGUCAAGGUCAUGGUGACCCGAAAUAGUAAAAUGAUUUUCAGAUGAUAACUCAAGAACGCUUUUGCCUAGGAUCAUGACACUUCAUAGGUACAUUGAUCGUGGCCCGCAGAUAACCCCUAUUGAUUUUCAGGUCACUAGGUCAAAGGUCAAGGUCACAGUGACAAAAAUCGUAUUCACACAAUGGCUGCCACUACAACGGACAGCCCAUAUGGGGGGCAUGCAUGUUUUACAAACAGCCCUUGUUUAAUUUUAAAAUAACUUACGUUAAAUGGCCACCAUGGGGAGACCUUGUGUCAUGUAUGACACUUGUCUCUCCGCUUUUAAGGUUGAGGUCAAACAUCGGGAUCAAAGGUCAAAGAUGGUUAUAAAAUAUCUUGUCUGGACUGUUACUUUGACAUCGAUUAUUAUUAAAAGUACCUACCUUAAAGGGACUGUCAACCACGACGACGAAGAAAAGAAAAGUUCUAAAAUACUGUAUUUUUGUACAAUUAUUAAAGUUGCAAAAAAGUUGUUAAGUUUUCAUAUGUUCAGUAUAUUCUGUAAUAAAAUUUCACGAUGUGAAAUCGAAAGUACAUUGCGAAAAUAGGUGACAUAACGAUAUACACACUAUAAAUAACGCAAUAAGAUUGAUCAUUUUAUAUAUAAAAUAAAUACAAUUCACUACCCAUGCACAAUUUGCAUUCCUGGGUUUACCAUGUGACGAUUACAAUUAAUCUACUUGCGUUAUUUAUAAUUAACUGGUAGUUACCUGGUAGACAUACCCAGUAAAAUUGUAUUAGCAAAUAUACUGAAAAUAUGACUUUUUUCAAGUAAUGUAAUAUACCAGUUGUGAUAUUUUAAUCAAUAUAAAAAAAUACAGUAUUUUAGAACUUUUCUUCGUUGUCGUGGUUGACAGUCCCUUUAAUGUCCACCAUGAGAAGCCGAUGUGGCUUGGUAAACUCCGUCUCCUCAUGGUGAAACUGUAAAAGCUAAAAGUUGGCCAUAUAACAACUUGUCCGGAUGGUGGCUUCAUAUUUCAUCAUGCAUUUUUAAUAUAACUUACUAACAAUUUACCCUGUUGAGACUGCAUGCCAUGUUUAACAACUGUCUCCCUACCUCAAAGGUUAAUGACACACAUGAAGGUCAAGUUCAAAAUUUUGCAAUAAAAACAGUGUGUCCAUAGUGUGAUAUCCUCAUUCAUCAUGCUAAUUUUAAAAUUUCACUGUUCAGGGUUGUUAUUAAGAGACCUUUCAAUCACAUGUUGGGCCAGCUCAAAUUUUCAAAGAAAUGAAAAGUUCACUAUGUUGUUUUAUAUGAAAUCUGUGACCAUGCAUGACAUCGACUUAUUUUACAUUGAUAAAUAAUGCAUUAGUAAUCAGAAAACAACAACAUUAAAAAUCUAUAUUAUCUUGGAA